AUGGCGGUGAACAUCCCUGGAGUGAUAUCGAUGGUGUUCUUUUACCUGCUGGUGCUGGGGACCGGCAUCUGGGCUUCUUUCAAGUCCAGGAGGGAGCAGAGGAAGCAGGGAGCGUCCGAGAUCGAGAUGACUCUUCUGGGGAACCGGCAAAUCAACCUAGUGGUGGGAGUCUUCACCAUGACAGCGUCCUGGGUGGGAGGAGGCUUCAUCGUGGGCCUCACUGAGACCGUGUACCGGCCCUCGAUGGGACUCACCACGGCCCUGGUCUUACUCACAGCCUACAGCGCCUCCUUCCUCCUCUGUGGAUUUGUUUUUGCUAAACCUUUAAGAGAUCAGCGCUGUGUCACCAUGAUGGACCCAUUCCACAGGAAGUACGGCAAGGCUCUCACGGCAGGUUUCUGCAUGGUCUCCGUCUUUGUUGAUGUUACACUGGAGGUAAAGUCAAAGAACAUUGAUGAAGUGAUGCUGCUGGGCAGGAGAAUGGGGAUGUUCAUGACAGCCAUGUUUGAAGUGCAUGUGGUGAAAGAGGCAGAGGGAACGCUCAGGGAGGAGUCAGUGGUGAUCAGAACCAGAGGCAUAGAAGGAGCCACAGUGAGCCUGGUCCUGGACCUGUCCUACAGCAUUAGCAUCUGGGUCUCUGCAGCUGUGGCCAUCACCUACACUCUGCUGGGAGGACUCUACUCUGUGGCCUACACUGAUGUCAUCCAGCUCACCCUCAUCUUCGUCAGCCUGUGGGUGUGUGUUCCUUUUGUGCUGCUGAACCCGCACACGGAGCGCAUUGAUCAGACUCUGCUGAACAACACUCUGCAUGCUCCCUGGAUCGGUGUUCCACAUGUGCACAGGCUCUGGAUCAUGGCGGACGACUUCUUACUCAUGAGUGUUGGAUCUAUGGGCUUCCAGUGUCUGCACCAGAGAACCUUGUCAGCCUCCUCCACCGCUACCGCCAAGACCACCUGCUGUGUGGCCGCGGUGCUGCUGCUGUUGUGUGGCAUUCCCCCCAUCCUGCUUGGAGCCGCAGCCGCUUCUACAGACUGGAACCAGACGGCCUUCGGCUCUCCCUCCCCGUACGAGCGAGGAGAAGCUGCUCAGGUGCUGCCCCUCAUGCUGCAGUUCCUGACCCCUCAGUACAUCUCCAUCAUUGGGAUCGGCUGUGUAGCUGCUGCCGUCAUGUCCUCCGCAGACUCCACGCUGAUGUCUGCCGCCUCUGUGUUCUCUGCUAACGUCUACAAGAACAUCGUCCGACCUAAGGCGUCAGAGAGGGAGCUGCAGUGGGUGAUCCGUGCCUCGGUGGUGGUGACUGGAGUCUUUGGGACGUCGCUGACCAUGCUAAAAAACAGCAGUAUAUUGUUCUGGUAUGUUACGGCAAACAUCAGCUACGUCAUCAUGGUCCCACAGCUCUUCUGCGCUCUCUUCUUCAACAUCUCGAACGGUUACGGAGCCAUCAUGGGCUUCCUGGUGGGCUUUCCCUUACGUCUGCUGUGUGGAGAGCCUUGGAUAGGAUUACCUGCUGUACUACACUUCCCAGGAUGCACUCUGGAGGACGGCGUUUACGUGCAGUACUCUCCCGUUAAGACCGUGUGUAUGUUGGUGACUCUGGCUUCAGUGUUGCUCUUCUCCUACCUGGCCUCUGUGCUCUUCAACCGAGGCCUGGUUCCAGCGACUUGGGACGUGUUCAGAGUCAAAGAGCAGGAGACAAAGAUACAGAAUGAGGAGGGAGACUGUUUGAAUGAGACGCCAGGUGCAUGCCAAGAGAGCACGGUGGAUUAA